AUGCGUAAGUGUGUGAUAGAGAAAAAAAGGAUGUGCAGCCACCCCGGCACAAGCGUAUGCCUUGAAUUUCGAAUGACCGACUAUGUAUACAUAGAUGCACCCUCCUGGUGUGUACGCUGCUUCCGAGCGAUCGAGAAUCGAACCUCCGAGAAAUACGACCAGACCAUCCAUAUUUUGGAAACAACGAUAGAGAAUUUGGAAGGUGCGAUGAAAGAAGGGACAAUGGAGACUUCUGACACGCCUGAGGACCUGAAACGAGACGUUGCCAAGCUCAAGAAGGACAAAUUGGCUAGUAUCAAAGCGUUUCGAGACCAGCAGGGUGUCUGGGCGGAUGGAUGA